AUGGAUACCACCAAAAACAAGACUAAUACUGUCAACUCCGCCCAAACACCAACCGCUCAAACAUCAAGCACCAACACUGGCUCUGUUGAACACGGCUCUGUCCCUGCCGAGUCUAAGCGCCGUGGCUCCAGCCCCAAUCUCGACCCAGAGACCAAUGUGCAAAGGGGAAUCGCUGGCGUAUUCCCAUCCACCUUUGGCGGCGACAAGACCACGACAUCCACCUUCGAAAAGUCGCAGGGCGAGAGAUACGGCGAGGGUUUUGACGAGACCGGCGCCCUGCUCAAGGGGAAAUUUAGCCGUGAUGACCCCCCCAACAAUCAGGCAUCUGGUUCCGGCGGUGGUGAAAACACCACGAGCGCGAGUCAGAACGGCAAGACUGCAAAGGAUACUAAUGUGCCGAAUAAGGCUGAAGAAAUCAUACACAAACACGAGCAUAAACAUCACCAUGACCACAACCAUGCCAAGAUCGAGAGCCGUACUAAGUAA